CCCCGUGACAAAUCCCUGACGCACUCAUCCGGGACUCUUCCGACACAUCACUCUCCAACAUGGCGGCGUCAGCUAAGAAGAAGGGAAAUAAGAAGGGCAAGACCCUCACCCUAAAUGACUUUCUUGCGGAUGAUAAGGGUGGCAAUGCACCCCCUAGUUACCCCAACACAAAGACCACCAGCUGGGCAGAUGAAACGGAUGACUUAGAUGGAGAUGUCUCAACCUCCUGGCAUACUGUGGAGGAUACAUAUCGAGCUCCUCCCAUCGACCGCUCCAUCUUGCCAACUGCUCCACGUGCGGCACGGGAACCGAACGUCGAUCGCUCUCGGCUGCCACGGAACCCACCCUACACAGCCUUUUUGGGUAACCUACCCUACGACGUCAGCGAGGAAUCCAUCAAAGAAUUCUUUAGAGGACUUGCGAUCAGUGCUGUACGUUUGCCAAGGGAGCCUAGUAACCCAGAGAGGCUCAAGGGGUUCGGUUACGCUGAAUUUGAUGAUGUUGAUUCGCUCUUACGUGCGCUCACUCUAAAUGAAGAGAAUCUUGGAAACAGGCGGAUUCGAGUGGAUAUUGCCGAUCAAUCCAAUGACAAAGAGAGAGAUAGUGGUUCAAUGAUGGGGCGAGACAGGGACCGAGACCGCAGUCGCAUGAUGGACAGCGGACCUGAUAAGACUGAUUCUGAUUGGAGGGCACGGCCGAGCGGAGACGAUGAUGAAGGGCCACGCAGAGAUGAGGGCUUUGGUGACAAGUCUCGUGAUCGUUAUGAGUCGGAUAGAUUCAGAGACGCCCCAAGGCGAGAUGAUCGUUACGACAGUGGUCGAGAUCGCUUUGGUGGUCGAGAUCGCUACGAUGACAGGGGUAGCAGAGACUACGAUCGUGGAGGUUAUGACUCGCGUGGCGGAGGACGCCGUGGAUUCAGCAGUAGCUUUGGAGAGCGAAGAGACUAUGGAGAGCGAAGAGAUGGUGAUCGCUAUGGAGAUCAAGACCGAUUAAGUCGGAGGGAUGAUAGAGGAGAAGAGAGAGCCCCUCUUCAGAGACCCAAGCUGAACCUGAAGCCACGUAGCGUCCCAAAAGAGGAGGAACAAAGCGGGAGCCCAUCCCCCCAGAGCAGCACCGUAAAUUCCAGCAGGGCCGCCUCUAUAUUCGGGGCAGCCAAACCUGUGGACACGGCCGCCAAGGAGCGAGAAGUGGAGGAGAGGCUGAAGAAAGAACAAGAACGACUCCAGAGGCAGUUGGAGGAAGAUAAGAACAGAGGAUUAGAUAGGAAACCACGGGACCGAGACCCGAGUUGGAGGAGUGAGGAGCCUAAAGAACGUGAACGUGAACGAACAGGAAAUGAAUCCUCACAUCCUAAAGGAUCUAGGAAUAGUAGAGAUGGUGAGCAUUCGGAAAAUGAAAUCCUUAGUGGCCAAGAGGACGAACCGAUCUCUCCUGCAUCUCCACCACCUUCAUCCAAUCAGGGAGGGCUGCCACUAAAAGUAAUGCCAGCCCCUCCCCCUAAAGAAAAUGUGUGGGCUAAACGCAGCGCAGGAGGCAGUGCUAGUGAAGUACCACCCCCAGUGUCUCCCAGCAGCCAAAGUGCUCCCAAACUCAACAGAUCAACAGAAGAGAGAGAAUCAGGCAAAGUAGAUGAAAACCGGGUUGAUGGGGUUCGAAGGGAGAAAAGUGUACCUGAGGGAAGAGGAGGAGUCGGGAGAGCAGGGGGGCGGGGUCGUGGAAUUGACGCCCCAAAUAUGGAAAAACGUAGAGAACCAGCUGAUAGGAAAGAGGUCAGGCGAGAACCCAGAAUAGCCUCAGAACCAAAGAAAUUUGAAGAGACUGCUCCUCCUAAAUUCAGUUCAGCCAGUAAGUAUGCUGCCCUACUGAUGGAUGGAGACCAGGGAGAAGAUGACGAUGGGGAAGAAUGAAUUCGGCUAGAAACAUAAAAACAAGACGAAAGUAAAAGAGCAUUUGAGUGAUGAAAUAAGGGGUUCAGUUUAGAAAUAAAAUGAAUAUGCCUUUUCGUGGUGGGAGAAUGGCAUGGAUUAUGUGAAAAGGAUUAUGGCUGAGGUGCCCACAAUGCUGUUCUGUCAUGUUUAAGAAAAUUUAUAAAGGUAUUCCCAAAACAGGGCCAUUUUAAUUCAAACUAAAAAAAAAUCAGUGCAGUGAGUAGAUAAACAUUCACAAAUGUAGACAUUUGAAAAUCAUUGUUAAUUUGAAAGCCAUUGUUAUAAAUAAAAAGUAUGUAAGAUACUGUA